AUGUCGCAGAAGAAGAAAGAAAAAGUAAGCAUAUUGUCAACCUUCAUCACACCCUUCAAGUAUUUAAGUCCUGGUGCGGCCAAUAUGGAAGAUGAAGACAAUUUAAGUACCAGCAGUGCAGAAGUAAAGGAAAACCGAAAUGUUGGCAACCUGGAGGAUCAUCCGAUAUCCUCUAAUGACAGGUCAAGAGUGGGCACACCUAGCAUUAAAAGGAAAAGACCAUUAGAGGAAGGCAACAAUGGCCAUUUCUGCAAACUCCAACUCAUCUGGAAGAAAGUCUCAUGGUCAGUGACACCAAAGAAUGCCCUGGUCCAGCUACAUGAACUUAAACCGGGUUUACAAUACAAAAUGGUUUCCCAGACAGGCCCAGUGCAUGCUCCAGUCUUUGCUGUUGCUGUAGAAGUAAAUGGGCUGACAUUUGAAGGUACAGGACCCACGAAAAAGAAGGCCAAAAUGCGAGCCGCAGAACUAGCACUGAAAUCUUUUGUUCAGUUCCCAAAUGCAUGUCAAGCUCACUUUGCCAUGGGGAACUGUUUUAACCCAUCCACUGACUUUACAUCUGACCAGGCAGACUUUCCAGAUACUCUGUUCAAGGAGUUUGAACCGUCUGCACACAGCGAGGACUUUUCGGUCUAUAACCCGGUUAAUAAUGAAUUGCUUUCUACUGCUUAUCGGCAUGGGAGGUUACUCUGCCACACAUUGGAUUUAAUGGGCCACGCUAAGCAAAACAAGCACAAGAUGGCAUCCACAGCUGAGAGCGAAAAGAACCCAGUGGUGUUGCUAAAUGAGCUGCGAUCAGGACUGAGGUACGUCUGCCUUUCAGAGACUGUGGAGAAGCAGCAUAUCAAGAGUUUUGUGAUGGCAGUGAGAGUGGAUGGGAGAACAUUUGAAGGCUCAGGACGUAGCAAGAAGCUGGCAAAAGGCCAAGCAGCACAAGCUGCGCUGCAGGCCCUCUUUAACAUUCGGCUGCCCAGUCACCUUCCCAGCAGGAGUAAAUGUAACCAUUUGCCACAGGAGUUUGCUGAUUCCAUAUAUCAAAUGGUUACACAGAAGUUUCAAGAGUUGACAGACAAUUUCACCUCCAUGCACGCACGCCACAAAACCCUUGCAGGAAUUGUGAUGACCAGAGGCUUGGACAUCAGGCAGGCUCAGGUUAUUGUGCUGUCAUCAGGUACCAAAUGUAUAAACGGAGAAUACAUUAACGAUCAAGGGCGUGUGGUCAACGACUGCCAUGCAGAAAUUCUGGCAAGGAGAGCAUUUGUUCAUUUCCUUUAUUCUCAGCUGGAGCUACACCUAAGCAAACGGCGAGAGGACUGGGAGCGAUCAGUCUUCAUGCGAUUAAAAGAGGGAGGCUACAGGCUGAAAGAAAACAUUCUGUUCCAUCUGUAUGUGAGCACUUCACCCUGCGGAGAUGCACGCCUCAACUCCCCCUACGAAAUCACAACUGACUUGAACAGUACCAAGCACAUAGUAAGAAAGUACCGGGGGCAUCUACGAACGAAGAUUGAGUCUGGAGAAGGAACCAUCCCCGUCCGAUGCCAUAAUGCAGUUCAAACAUGGGACGGUGUGUUGUUGGGAGAGCAGCUAGUCACAAUGUCUUGCACUGACAAAAUUGCCAGAUGGAACGUUCUUGGGUUACAAGGUGCUCUCCUCAGUUACUUCAUCGAACCCACAUACUUGCACAGCAUUAUUGUGGGAAGCCUCUGUCACACUGGUCACCUUUCCAGGGUAAUGAGCCAUAGAAUAGAAGACAUUGGUCAGCUGCCAGCUUCAUACCGGCAUAAUCAGUUGCUCCUCAGUGGAGUGAGUAAUGCUGACGUACGGCAACCAGGAAAAUCUCCCAGUUUCAGUGUGAACUGGAUAGUGGGUAACACGGACCCUGAAGUGAUCAACGCCACAAUGGGAAAGAGGACCUGUGGGGGCUCUUCGCGGCUAUGCAAGCACACGUUUUAUGUUCGGUGGGCAAAGCUUUAUGGAAAGCUGAGCACACGAAUGCCAAGCCAUGGAGACAUGCCAUCAGUGUACAGUGAGGCAAAACUGGUGGCUCAGACAUACCAGGCUGUCAAGCAGCAGCUGUUUAAAGCAUUUCAGAAAGCAGGUCUGGGCACCUGGGUCAAGAAACCCCCAGAGCAAGAUCAGUUUUUACUAACUGUAUAAAUCAUUCAACACCUUUGCUACAUGACCAGAUCAAAUCAACUGGAGAGAAGGAUAGGCAGAAUGUGUGGGCUGAUAGAAUGGAUGCAGUUCAAUAUUUAAUAACAACCUCCAUGAGAAUAUUUUCUUUUAAUUCUGUAUUGGAAAUACAUAAACAUAAGAUGUGUUUGAUUAACGCACUGAAGUUGACUUUAGGAAACUGCUUUUUCAUACUGAUCCCCUUACACGGAUCUACACGCCUAGAUUAUAAAAUGUUUUUCACAAAGACGCUGCUGUUCAUUGUUUGUAGUACACAGGAUUAUUAUUUAUCCAAGAAGCAGCUGCAUUUCAGACUUGAGCAGGCCAUGCAUCUGACUUAAAAUACAGUUUAUCCAGUGCUCAAUUUGUAAUGAAAGAGGUGCCGAGGCUCAAGCAAUUAGGUGUCAGGACUCAAGCAAUU